UCUAUCCGACCUUUGCCGAUUUACAGUCCGGCCCUCUCCGACAAACUUGCUCCAUCGUGGGUCCGUCUCUACCAAAAGUUGGAGCGACGAUCAGUUAAGCCGCGAACGGCUCGCAUGUUGUUAUUCUCGGUGACGCUCCCUUCUGCACUAGAUCGAAACGCGCGCUUUUCGAUACAUUCUCCAUUAAAAUUUAAGGAUUUUGAUCCUUCGAACCGUUUCCGCGAAUGACUGACACCAUGAUCCAAGGCGGGUGACUUUUAAUUUCGUACACGAACGAUGUGGUAAGGCAGACCUGAACAGUUUGGGGUUAAAAAAUGGAAUCGGAAUCACUGUCCCGACCCGAUCGGGUAAAAAAGGUCCCUUGCCAUGUAGACAAAAAAUCGUGUUUUACGGGAUUUAAUAUAGUGAUUAGUGUGUUGUGUUUAGUGAGUGUCUUGUCCAGUGCGUUAAACAGUUGGCGCGAUCACCAGAUGAGAUCAAAGUUGAGUGAUCUCCAAGAUAGGGUAGCUUAUUUGGAAAUAAAAUCGGUAGAAAAUAUGGAUGUUCUGGUGGAAAGGUUUCGAAGGGAAGCUAUUUAUAACAUCAGAGGCAGGGUGACUAGGGAUUUAGCGUCUAGAAGGGAUGGAGACAGAGUCGCGCGGGAUGCUCCCGAAUGUGUUUGUCCUGCAGGACCACCAGGCCCGCCAGGUCCAGCUGGCCCUCCCGGCAAAAGGGGGAAGAAAGGAAAAAAAGGCGAACCUGGAGAGCCGGGCCCGGCGGGUACACCAGGAACGCCAGGAAAGAACGGUUUUCCGGGUAUACAAGGUGACAAGGGUGAGAAAGGCGAAAUGGGUUACCGGGGACCGACAGGGGUGCGCGGCUUCCCGGGAUUUCCGGGUCCUAUAGGAUUAGAUGGACCGAAAGGUGAAGCGGGUCCUCCUGGAGAAAAGGGUCAAAAGGGCCAAACUGGAAGCGCAGGAAUUGAUAUUUUACAGGCUGUAAAGCAGCCAGGAAGGGGCCUUAAGAGAUCAGUGACCACGCUACGGGGCGGAACCUUGGGGUACGCCGAAAUUGUCGCUGUCAAGGGGCUUCAGGAAAGGGGCCAUAACAUUUCCGGGGAAACUAUCAUCACAUUAAAAGGUGAACCAGGAGAGCCCGGACCUCCAGGUCCUCCAGGACAAGCAGGACCAGAAGGGCCUCCAGGUCAUGACGGGAGACAGGGGAUGCCUGGAGAACCGGGUGCUGCAGGAGAGCGAGGGGAACCCGGUCCUAUUGGACCCCCUGGACCACCUGGAUUGGAUGGACUUACUGGACCCAAGGGAGACAAAGGAACCAUAGGGAAGCUGGGAUUGCCAGGAUAUCCGGGUCUUCCGGGACAUAUGGGUUUACCAGGCCUUCCUGGCAGGAAUGGUAGCAAAGGUGAUCGAGGUGACAAAGGCGAUAAGGGCGAACGAGGAUUGACAACGACGAUAGCAGGAGAUGUGAAAUUUCCCACUGGUAUCAUCGAAGGGCCUCCUGGACCACCAGGUCCGCCAGGUGAAAAAGGUGAAGCUGGACCUGUUGGACCUCCUGGCGCCCCUGGAGAAAAAGGAGCUCGGGGCAGAAGGGGUAAAAGGGGAGAAGAUGGGUCGGUACUAUCGCGGGGUCCACCUGGAGAUAAAGGGGAGGCAGGGGAUCCUGGUCGAAAAGGAGACAGGGGCGAUAGGGGGUUUACAGGUUUUCCAGGUCCCAAAGGUGACAUGGGUUUAAUGGGACCCGCAGGACAAGCUGGUGCUAACGGCGAACCAGGCCCACAGGGACCUCCAGGAUUACCCGGUCUAGUUGGUCCAAAAGGCGAAAAAGGUGAAUACGGAGACAUUGGACCUCCUGGUCUAAUGGGUCCACCAGGAUUGCCGGGUCCACCAGGUUAUCCUGGACAAAAAGGCGAGAAAGGAGAAAAAGGCGAAUCGAAAUACAAGAAGCUAAGGAGACGACAGUUCCAGGGAGACGGCACUGGCGAAAUUAUUUCCGCAGGUGAAGUGGUGGUUGGUCCCCCAGGACCUCCAGGGACGCCAGGAAUUCCAGGAUUGCAAGGACCUCCUGGAAUUAAAGGGGAUAGAGGAAUGGACGGUAUUAAAGGAGAGCCAGGGGAGAAAGGAGUAAAAGGAGAUCCAGGGCCGAUGGGCUUGCCUGGUCCAAUGGGAAUAAGAGGUCGACCAGGCGACUACGGCAAACCUGGGUCCAUGGAGGACAAUAACUACAAUAGCUGGUAAUGGGAAGAGUGAUUUCUACUGCCAUCAUCAACGCAGGCAUAUGUUUUGGUAGAUUGUAAAGUGACAUGGCCUUUUACGGUAUUUUUAUCCAAUGGAAGCGAUUUUGUGAACGAAACAAUACCUUACUUACCAUAUUACAUAAACUUUGCAGUUAACUGUUAUGCAUACAUAUAUAUAAACGGAUAUUUUUCCAAAAAAAGUACUAAUUCAACGCAAUUUUUUUGGACCGGAAAAUGUUGCUUUAAAAAACUAGGCAACAGUUUUCUUUUUGUUUCGUUAUUAAAUUAUUAUUAUUUUAAAUUAAUAUGGAACAGAAGUUGAUUUAUAACACUUAUUCCGACAAACGACAAAUGUAAUUAUUGCUACCAUAUUAUUUAUUGCUAGCUAUUAAUAGACAAUUAAAUAAACGAAAUGGUCUAGUUACAACAGAUGAUUACUUAUAGAACGCAACCUUCCAACGUUACAGCAGUUCAGUGUGUAGUGUCGUUUAUUGUAACUAGUCAAACUUAACAAAAUAACCUUAAUCGGUUUUAACAAAGAAAUUUACGUCCAUAGUAGUACUUAUUGCUCGAUUCUGUAUCCAUUUAAAAUACGGAAUAUUACCAGAGAAAGCAAGUCCAUUUAAAUAUAGUCCCGACAGAAUUUUUAUAUAAAUUAUAUACAUAAUAACAUAGGCUAUGAGUAAGUAUUUAUUAUAUUUUGUAAAGAGAACGAAGUUUUUGCAAGACGAUUAUACAAAGCAAAUAAUUUGUAAGGAUGAAUAGUGACAGUAUUGUAAUAUAAAUGUUAACAUUUUUUAUAGAUGUCUUAUAGUAGGUUAGAAAUUGUAAUUAAUUAUACAGUUUAUAACAAAUAUUAUACGUGACUGAUCUUAGAGUAAGAAACCAUGUUUCGUAUUGUAGUAAUAUGUGUUUCCAAAUUUCUGUCGGUAUUUCAAUUCAAUGCAAAAUGUCAUCUUAUGACGGUUACGUCCAAGCCUGUACAUUUGGAGAUAACAUAUUACAAAAUAAGAAAGAUUGUAAAAUAAAUUUAAUUUUAAUAUUUAGUAUUAAGUACGCUUGGUGUAUUAUUAAACGUGUCAGAAAAAUAAAUGUUUGUGCAUGUGCGGAAUUAUUUAAAGCAGCUUUGGUUUUUACAUUUUGCCUGAAAAUGCUUCCUACCCAAUGCAAGCCUUUUUUACAGAAGUCAUUCUUUAAAAGAUCUUAAUGGAUAUCAAUUUUGAUAAAUACUAAAAAUAACGCAAUUUAAAAUAAAUACCAACGCAAAUAUCCAUCAAACGUAAUGAUUUUGAUUUAUUAUUUCUAAUCUGAAUAUGUACAUACAAAUUUUAUAAUAAUGCUAAAAUUCCAUUAUCGUCUAUUAAUGUUUUCUUAACUAAUUCUUUAAUCUCUUUUCACUAACGUUUUUUGAAAAUCCGCUUUCCGGCGUUAUUUUGAGAAAGUGUGAGUGCAUGAAAACUACAAAGCAAACAAAAGUUUUGGCAGCAUUUUGCUGGAUUGUUUCAUUCAUCUAGUUGUUAAUAAGUGGCUCACAUUUUCACACAUCAUUUCUUAGAUAUUUUUCU